CUUUAGGUUACGGAGGGCGCGCGUGGUUACAGGCUGCAUGAGAAACGGAAGCUUCGAGAGAGUUCGAUUUAAAAUUUCGACAAAAAGACUGACAGAAACAUGACGUUGCAGUGCUACAACAAGGGAUGUGGUACGAAGUUUGAUCCGAAACAAACACAGACAGUAACAUCAUGUCAGUACCAUCCAGGUGUUCCUGUGUUCCACGAUGCUCUCAAAGGCUGGUCAUGCUGUUCAAAACGCAGCACAGACUUCACAGAGUUUCUGAAUAUUAAAGGAUGUACAACUGGCCCUCACUGCAACGAGAAACCACCAGAACCAGAAAAGCCAGAAUCAAAGCCUUUAGAGGAUGAGAUUAUUGUAGUCCAAAAUCCUAUACCAGUAAUGCCAAAACCAGUUGUUCCAUUGGAACGUCCAUCUGGAGAUGAGCCACUGCAACGUCUAAAGGUAACAGUGGGUGCAAGUCUUAAGGAACAGCUGGAAAAAUUGAAACUGGAAGAAAAACAAGACUGUGAUCUUUCAGUAGUUGAUCCCGAAGCAGUGGCCAUUGGGACUCAGUGCAAGAACAAUGGCUGCAGAGGUACAUACACAGGCCAGCCCAGCAGUGAAGGGGAAUGUCAGUAUCAUCCAGGUGUUCCUAUAUUCCACGAAGGGAUGAAAUUUUGGAGUUGCUGUAUCCGUAGAACAAGUGACUUUAACAACUUCCUGAACCAAGAGGGCUGCCAGAGAGGCAAGCACUGCUGGGUGAAAACAAAGGAAGAAAAAGCAGCAGAGGCCAGCUGCCGAGUUGACUGGCACCAGACUGGGAACAUUGUGUGUAUAUCCAUCUUUGCAAAGAACUCUGACCCUGAACAGUCUUAUUUUGAGGCAAACAAAGUCACCUUAAAGGCUUAUAUUGUCUUUGACAAAGACAGCAGCAUUUUCAAUCGAACUUUUACAUUACGACAGGGUAUCAAACCUGAGUACAGUGAAGUGAAAAUGUUGGGAUCCAAAGUUGAGAUCAACCUGCGUAAGGCAGAGCCAUUCUCCUGGCCAAGCCUAGAGGUGCCUAUGGAGCAGCCCAGUGUUAGUAAACAGGAUGAAUAAAGCCC